CAUGUGCAGUUGGGUAAGGUGUGGUGAUCCUGUAACCCUAAGUCGUCAAUAGUGCAAAGACCCGCGACACCCGUACAUAAUUCUACGAGACCAGCCCAAAAGCCCCUUAUUCUCCAUCAAAAAUACUUUCACCAUGCCCUUCGACGAGAAAAAGUCCCCCGACGAAAUUUCUCAGGCACCAUCAGACUCGUCCGACGCCAGUCGACUAGAUGCCCUUGACCAACUUGAAAUUCUUCCCCAGAUCCUCCAGGAGGGUAUUUUAUUUGCUGGAUCAGGAUCCGCUUUGCUACUCCAAGCGGCUUUCCCCGGAAUCAGAGACAGAACUAGCGAUACCCAUCAUGCCAGCAACGGUAGCAGAAUUAACCUAGCAACAGAGCUAGGCGACGCCCUCCAGGCUAAUCUCAGCUACAUUGCCUGCCUGGUAUUUGGCACUCGAAAAGAAAAGAAAACUCUACUGGAGCUGCUAAACCAUGGGCAACCACCCCUUCGCGGGAGUGAGAAUUUCUCCUCUCACCGACCGACCCAGCUCUGGGUUGCAGCGACGCUCUACGCGACCGCGACUGAUUUCUACCAGCGAGUCUACGGACUUGUCAACUACCGCACAGCUGAGAAGGCGUAUGCGGAGUUCACGGUAAUCAUGCACUCCAUGGGGCUCCCACCCGGUACCUGGCCGGAGAACCGGCAGGCGUUCUGGAGGUACUGGGAUGAUCAGAUUGAGCAAUUGACUGUCACGGCGGACGCACACAAGUUCGCACAAGACCUCUUGAAUCGGAACGAUUACCCGCGGUUUGUGUCAGUGUUGAAGCCAUUCUUACGGGUCCUUACGAUCGAGAUGUUACCACCGCGGAUCCGGGAGGCGUACGGGCUUAAGUCUACAUUUAGUACUCGAGGUUUGUAUCGGACGACGAUGGGGUUUUCGGUAGCGGUGUACCCUGCGUUGCCGACAUCGACGCGAGGAUACCCAUUGCGGUAUUAUUUGGAAGAAUUACGAAAGAGUUUGAACGUCGUGUAGCUGUUUUGUACUUCUGUUCUUAUCAUUUUGGUAAUGCAUGAAUCCAUGUUAUCCACUCAUGUAUUCGAAACGUUAUCUCAAUGUUAUUGAUGAGUGGGAUUAAUGAGAUAAAGA